AUGGUUGAACAACGGGUACCACCAGAGCCGCAUAGUGCUGCGCCUACGUACGUCGAGCUCGAGGACCUCGAACUCUUCCGCCGCUCGCCGCAUCCCUAUCUCCGCCACAAGGAUGAGAUAUGGAUGGACACACCAGACUCCUCACAGCCUCCGUCUCAAACACCGCAAUCCUCCCCUCUUCACCCCUCCGAACACAUGACAUCAGAGGAAGAGGGAAGGAAACGCCGGACAUCCGCAUCACAAUCGCCAAGCGAGAGCGGGUCAGAGGCAGACGACGAAGGAUACAAUCUUGUAAAAGCACUGCCUGCGCCCCCAUUGCGACUGCAUAAGGGCCUUCGCGAUCCACAGGGGCCCGAGGCCGAAGGUUCGGCCACCCCUCUACUCACGCCCACGCAAAUCGACGACCAAGGGCGCAAGCUCUCAGAAGAGUACUUUGAGAAUGGCAAGACCGGUCUUCGGUCGGGGAAAGCGAGCUUUAUGGACGAGGAAGCAAGGGUAGCGAGGCAGAAAUACCGGAAGAGGCGGCGGAUGGAACUCAUACGACGGACGACGGAAACCGCAGAACUGGCAGCCAUUGGACUUCUUACCCUACACGGCUGUAGUUGCCGGAGCAGGCUUUGGGAGUGGCACAGGGAGCUACUGACCCAAGCAUUCGUCAUGGGUGGCUUACUGGCAUUAUACCCAGUUCGAAUCCUCUACCACUCGUGGAGAUGCAAAUCCAAACUCAGCCUUCAACGACGCAUUCACGUACCUGCAGCAUUCGACCCUGCGACCAUUUUAUACCCCCCAUUAGUACCGGUUCUAAUAUCAAUCUCUCUAUUCGAUUCAAAUCCUAGACUUCUACUACCCAACAUCAUUCUUGGCCUGUCGGCUUUGCCAGCCCGGCUGAUUCCAUUUCGGAGAGCGACGGUAGGGUAUUCAACACUACACUGGCUGCUGUCCAUUCUCCCCCUGGUUGCGGCGGAGAAUACGGAUUUUCCCUCCGCGUUCCUCGCGCCGAAACCAUAUAAACUCCGGCUAUCUUCACCAGACGAUGGAUUAGACCCAAGCCUGCUGGUGCUGCUGUUUCCUCUCCACCAGGCCCUCCUCCCGCCGCUAUACUACCUCACCACCACCAGCUUACUCCCAGCAGAACUCCACUUGCUUUCUAUUGCACUCAUUAACCUACUCUUGUUCUCGGAAUCACCUCAGGCUUCCAUACUCAAGAUACUCCUGUGGAUGGGGGGCCUGGGGCUCUUUAUUCUGUGCGGCAGGGUGCUCAAGUGGGGUGUAGCACUUGCGCGUAUCCCACGAUGGAGACUACGGCGUGCAGGACAAGUCGUUCGCGCGCGGACAUCGUUUCUACAAACCCUGAACGAGAGUCUGGGAAAGCGUACGGGCAGGGCGAGUAGGGAGAUGAGCGAUAGUGACGCAGAUGAAGACGAGCCUGCACUUCAGACCAAGCUACAGAAGACGAACAGCCUGAAACUCGGCCUCAUCAACAGCGUUCGUAAGCCUGGAUGCGUCGGCAGCGGCAACGAGCCACAGUCUGCAGUCGAGGCGAAGAAGUCCGGUUUCGAGCCUGCGAAUGGUUGGGCAGACGGCACUUUUGGACGAAAGCGCAGUCACACGCUACCCAUGCCCGUAGCCCAAGACCACAACUCACGACAUGGCCAUGUCCCACGCAAGCGAUCCAAGUCGCUUGCUCAAUCCUAUCUCUCGCUCACGCCUGCACAAGCUACACUGCGAAAGUGGCUCUACGCAGGCUACUUUUACGUCGUAGUCGCCCUGCUCAUCCUCGGCCCCAUCCGCUACACCAUUGGCGAAUACGCACUGCACUCGCACGAGCCCUUUGGCUGGGCCAUUUCCUACCUCUUUGGCAACAUCCAGCGCCUCCGCUGGCAAAUCUUCAACUGGAACCUCGGCGCCUGGAUCCCGCUGCCCCCUCUCGCAGACGCCAACAACACGCUCCCCCUUCCCCCCUUGGAGUCCCUCCGCCACUCCCUCGGCCUCGCCACCACCCGCCUCCUCGUCAGCGCCUACUACCUCCUCACCAUCCUCCUCGGCCUCACCACCGUCCUCUCCCUCACCCCCUACACCGAAGUCGACACCCGCCGCAAAGUCUUCCACGGCACCAUGGUCGCCAUGCUCCUCCCCACCGUCUUCAUAGACCCCUGCUUCGUCUCCCUCGCCCUCGCCCUCGUCCUCGCCCUCUUCCUCGUCCUCGACAUCCUGCGCGCCUCGCAACUGCCCCCCCUCGCCGGCCCCAUUGCCACCUUUCUGACCCCGUAUGUAGAUGGCAGGGAUCUCCGGGGCCCCGUCGUCGUCUCCCCUAUUUUUCUGCUCAUUGGCUGUGCCGUUCCGCUCUGGCUUAGUCUUGCGGGUGUAGAGCGCGCAGGCGAGGCGCCCUGGGCGGGUUGGGAGGUGGGAGCGCAUGAGCGCGAGAUGGGCAUGGUGGCGGGCGUGGUGUGUGUUGGGCUGGGUGAUGCGGCGGCGUCGUUGGUGGGGAGGAGGUGGGGACGGAGAAGGUGGGUUUGGGUUGGGGGCUGUGCUGUGUGCGCUUGGGGCGAGUCUAAAUGA